CAGUGUCUGUCUGCAGUUACACAGCUGUGAACAAUGUGGUUCUCGUAACGUUUUUUCAGAAUGCGAUUUUAACCUAUGUUCGGCCGGAGGACCAAUCCGCGGUCAUGUCCUCGACUUUUGGGAAGCCUCGGACCUGGGCCGCUGUCUCGGACCGGGGGCCAACAGAGUGUAAUGUCGUACUGUUAGGAGUGCGUGGUUCGGGGAAGUCAGCUCUCACUGUCAAGUUCCUCACAAAGAGAUUCAUCAGUGAAUAUGAUCCCACCAUGGAGGAUACGUAUUCUUCUGAAGAGACUGUGGAUCAGCAACCUGUUCUUUUAAAAGUUAUGGACACUGCCGACCAGGAGGGACCUGUGAACUGCGAGCGCUACCUGACGUGGGCCAAUGCCUUCCUCGUGGUCUACAGCAUCGAUGACCGGCGCAGCUUCGAGGGCUGCCAACAGUACCUGGAAGUUGUGACUGCGCACACUAAAUCUCUUCAGCUGGAGACUCCCAUCAUUGUGCUGGGAAACAAGGUCGACAUGGAGCGAUACAGGCAGGUUAGCAAGUCCGAUGGGGUUACGCUGGCGUCCCGCUAUGGCGGCUUAUUCUUCGAAGUGUCUGCCUGCCGGGAUUUUGUGUCAGUGCAGCAGGUAUUCCACGAGGCUGUGCGGGAGGUGCGGAGGGUGGCAGAGAGGAGUCUGGCAGCACAUACCCUCUUCAUCAGUGAAGACAGACCCCCAGCCAGUCUGGCUACUGGCCUCAGAGAGCUGCCCUCACCUACCACCGCCAAAGUAGUCUCAGUCAAGUCCUCACGGGCACAGAGCAAGCGCCGGGCACCGACCCUGACCUUAUUGAAGGGCUUCAGAAUCUUCUGACCCAAGGACCCACCAUGGGUUCAGGGCUGUAAUAUUAGCCCAUGCAUUCAUUGAGCAAUGGACUGUCUGUGAGGAACUGGGCAAGAGGAUCUCGGGAUAUAGACACCAAAAUAGAGCAUGAUCUGUGCACUUCGGAAUAUUACAGUGAAUGAAAUAUCCUGGAUUUAUAGCUGCUUUGGAAAUAGAUUGUACAGCAUUUAUUAGAGUAAUCCUUGAACUGGCCAAUACAAUGAGCAGCAUGUCAAUGCAUGUAGUAUAUAUCUCAAAAGGAACACUUGUGUCCUCCUGAAUCAAAAGGGAUCUGCAUUGCAGACCGUGCUGUGCGACAGCUUUCACAUUGCAUAUGCUGAAGGUUGUCACUAUUUGGUCAGCAACUACAGUAGUGGACAUUUGUGCUCUGAAGGCCAGCAGGACCUUGUGAGCUAUGUAAUGCUGACUCAUUGCAGUCAGGCCUCUGAAUUAGUUUAUGCAGACAAAAACUGCUUCUAAAGAUGAUUAGCAACACAGUAGGUGUUGUGCACAUCCCCUGCAGUUUGAAGAUGCUUCCGCUGCGUGACCCUUAUGGCCUGGGCUCGAACAUUCUGGGGGAUUUUACCCUGAGCGUGCCUUUUACCUGGCAGUCCUCAUCCUGUUUCUUUGCGAAGACUGACGACCUGUACAGCCUGUGGAGGAACACUUCAUUCUGUCAGAUUCUGUUUUUCUGUCCUUAUGAGCUGUGGACUAAUGCUCACCUGUUGGUCAUAGUGCCCAAGAACAGCCUUCUAGCAUUUUCAAAGACAGCAGCAGGAGCAUGGCAGAGGUCCAGAAGGAAAUAAGCAACAUGGAGGACAAAGGUCUCUGCUGAUCUAAAUGUGCUUUGGUACCUUGUUUCAGCUCAAAUGUGAAAAUUUCAAAGGUGAUGUAUAAUGAGCAGAGAAUCUAUUCUAUGCAUUGUAAACCUUUUUUUUUAGUAGUUGGAGACUUUUGCCACGUCAACAGCAAGAAACGGCUACAAAAGGUUUUACUGUGUUAUCCCUACAGUGAGUUUCAAAGGUGAUGACUUUACAGCAGUUAUUUAUUAAUUUGGCUUAUUAUUUCCUCAACUUGCAAUUAUUUGCUCAUUUAAAGAGGUGGGUGAUCUUUACUAGAGCCGUUCAAGGGAACUCACUUGCUCAAACCUGGACCCUUAGAGUCUAAAGAUUGCAACUCCAACCGCUAUACUAGAUGUUGGUGAAGGUCUGAAUCAAGCCCCUCACAGUAGUGUUGGCCAGGCAGAGGCUGAAAACUGAUGGUGGAGCAGGAAGACUGUUACCCCAAUCUGCCCUAGCACUUUUAAUUAGUGUUACAGCCACCAAAUUAAUAAUUACCUCUGUUACAUUCUCACAGAUAAGUCAAGGUGUACAAUUCUAAGUUGCUAUA